AAAUUAAACAUUAUUUUUUCCAUUAGAAAAUAGUUCUAUUCAUCCUUCUUCCUUAAUUUGGUUUUUCAAAAAUAAUCCAAAAAUCCACAAAAUUUCUUCACCUACCUCUCUAGAUUUGAGGUUCCUGUCUUUGGUCGACGCGUGCACUGCACGUACCAUAUUCCCAAUAUUUUUGUUUCAGGCUACAAGCAUUCAGAUAAGUCCCAGUUCCAUAUUCGAACUUGUGGCAUCCGAAUAACCUCUCCUUAAAAAAAAUCUCUCCAAAAAAAUAUUCCUAAUUCCCUUUCUUUUCCUAGCAUUGAAAAUUCUGAUAAAAUUAUUAUGAGGCUUCAGCUUAGCAAUCUCAUUAUAUUUGCAGAUGGAAGGCAAUGAUAAUUCCACUUCUAAGGAUUACUACAAAAUUUUGGAAGUAGAUUAUGAUGCAACUGAUGAGAACAUCAGGUUAAGUUACCGGAAGCUUGCACUGAAGUGGCAUCCAGAUAAGCACAAGGGUGAUAGUGCUGUUACUGCAAAAUUCCAAGAGAUAAACGAAGCUUACAACGUGUUAAUCGAUCCUGAUAAGCGCUUUGAGUAUGAUUUAACUGGAAUAUAUGAAAUUGAUAAGUAUACUUUGCGGGAAUAUCUUGCCAGAUUUAAGGGAAUGAUUCUUACCUGCAAUGGGCUUGGUAUUAGUCAUACAUCAACAUGAACAACUAACAGACAGAAAUGAAUUUGCUGAAGAAGUAUUAUUACAUCUGUAAUCGAAAUGAGGAUUCCUCAAGUAAGGAGAUAUGCAAUGGUGAUGGUGAUGUUGAGAUGUGUUCCAAUGAGGCAUCAUUUAUAGCUUGUAUGAGUUUGAUAGCGUAACCAAAUGUAUAAUUGAUAUAAUAUAGACAUGAGAGCUGUAAUUAUAGAGAAUAUCAUUCAUAAUUUAUUAGGUCCGCAAGCGAAGUAUACUAUCUAUACAAUAUAAUAAUGCUGUCGAUGAAAGCUACUAUUUUCCCUUUCAAA